UAUCAUAUCCUAGUCGCUACUCAGCUAGCCACAGAUAUGGCCUUGACUUCGUAUUGCCCAAGCCAUACGAUCCUCAUGAUACUGUAUGCAUUAUACGGUUGCACUCUGUCUAGCUCUAUAUGCUCUACGGUCCUGUCUACCUCGCUUAUCGACUAUACCUGGAUACCUUCUCUGUUGUUACUCAAACACUAAUGUCCUUUUUACGACCAUCCGUGCUACUCUACCGACAUACCCGCCGUACCUUGUUCGCUACCUCCCUAUCAUACGCGGCUCUGAAUGCAAUAUUCGCAAUCUCUCUCUGCAUGCGACGUCUAUCUCGUCACACAGCAAGCUCUUCGUCGGCGGCCUGAGCUGGGAUACCACAGAUGAGGGCUUAAGAAAGUACUUCGCCGAGUUCGGCGAAGUAGAAGACUGUACAAUCUUACGCGACCAUGAUGGCCGAUCCCGAGGAUUCGCCUUUCUCACCUUCAAAGAUCCGAGCUCCGUCAACGCUGUGAUGGUGCGGGAGCAUGUCCUCGAUGGCAAAGCUAUUGAUCCAAAGCGUGCGAUCCCAAGGGAGGAGCAUCUCCGGAACACGCGCUACUUUGUCGGUGGCCUCUCACACGCGACGACCUCCGAAUCUAUGCGAGCAUUCUUCUCCACAUACGGUAAAGUCGUCGACUCGAGCGUAAUGGUCGACCGUGAGACAGGGCGCUCGAAAGGCUUUGGGUUCGUGACGUUCGAAGAUGCCAGCAAUACGGACCAGUUGGUCGGGCGCUCAGAUCUCAUUCUUGACGACAAGCAGAUCGAAGUGAAGGUGGCUCAGCCCCGCAGCCAGCGCGACGCGACGCGAACCAGCCGCACGACACGAGAUUCGAGCUACGAAGCGUCCGUCAAUGCCAACAUGAGCUUCGGAGCCGUACAGCCCGCCGUCAACCCACAGCAGAUGCAGAUGCUCUACCAGCGGAUGAUGGGCCAACUCCCGAUGAUGGGCAUGGGCAUGAACGCGAUGGGCAUGGGCAUGCCGGGAUUCGGCACGGGCGGUGCGGGAAUGACAGGCAUGAUGCCCAUGGGCGGGAUGACCACCCAGAUGGCCGACUUCAGCGGGAUGGCUGGAGGUAUGGGCGGCAACAUGGGUGCGGCGAUGGGCCGCGGUAUGGGCAUGGCGGGAAACAUGGGCGGUGGGAUGGCCGGGGGCAUGCGCAUGGGAAUGGGUCCCAUGGGUAUGAGCCCCUCGAACAUGGGUAUGAUGCGGCCCGGCAUGGGCAUGAUGGGUGGUGGGAUGAUGAGGCCGGCUAUGGGUAUGAUGGGCGGUAUGGGUCAGAUGGGGCGAGGUCGUGGAGGUGCCAUGGUCAAUGCCGGUGCGGGCCCACAGCGAACUACGGCGAGGCAGCAUGGGUUCCAUCCAUACGCCCGGUAGGAAGGCUUGCAUUCGAGGUUGGUUUGCGCGGGCUUCUCUUGAGACGUGCUCGUUAUUGUUGUAUUUAGUCUAUUCACAACUACCUAGUAUAUUUCGACACAGUUUUUAUGGUAUACGCAGUUCCAGACAAACCAAUAAGUUAGCGGCUACGAUAACACUGAGGAUAUAAUACAUGUAUGCUUUAGAACGUCCGCAACGAGAUCUGUGGCUUGGGUGCCUCGA